CGGGAGAGGGAAGCUGCGAAGCAGAAGGAGGUGCCAACACCUGCGCACCGGUGUCGUUUUCCUCUUCCUCCGGGGAGGGAUCUUCGGGGGAAGACGGGGGCCGGUGGCUGGUCACGGAGUCCACGGGCAUGUACGGGGACUCCCUGGUGCGGACCUGGGACCUGGCCUCGGGGGAAGUGGUGCGCGAAACCAAGAUGGAGGACCGGUUCUUCGGAGAGGGAUCGACGCGCUACACCGACGACGACGGCCGGGAACUCCUCGCCGUUCUGACCUAUAAGGAACAAUCGAUCGUCGUCUACGACGCAAACACGCUCGAGCGGGUCGAGACCUUGUCUCCGUGGCCCUCGCCGACCACCACCACGGAGGGAUGGGGAAUCGCCUUUGAUCCCCUGGAACGAAUCUUUGUGGUCACGGACGGAUCGGCGAUGCUCCACUUUUGGGACCUCGGGUUCGAGGCGAUCCCCUCCAGGCCUCCGAUCCCCGUSCGCCUGGAGGAGCUGGUCGACGAGCGGGACAGGGUGCUGGUGGCGCGGAAACCGGCCGAGGCCCGAGGGGAGGACGGAGGCGAAACCGCCGGGAGCGAGGAAGAGGCGGUGGAGGGAACCCUGCUGGGCCACAUCAACGAGCUGGAAUGGGAUCCGCACACCCGGACCCUCCUGGCCAACAAGUGGUUCGAGGACGUCGUCCUGCGGAUCGAUCCCUCCAACGGGCUGGUGACGAGGGUCUACGAUUUCACGAGGCUCCGUCCCCGGCAGAACCGUUCCAGGGGCGAGGACGUCUUCAACGGGAUCGCGAUCCUUCCGUCGACGGAAGGGAAGGAGUGGCUCGUCACGGGAAAAUACUGGCCCGAGGUCUACCGGAUCAGGAUCGCGGAGUGACCGAAACGAGCCGUCCGGCUUGUGAGGAAAGCAAAAAGCGCCGGUAGGCAAUGUAAAACUA